AGCUGACCCCCCCCCCAUGGAGCAUCAAGAGGGAGGCAAUGGGCCCCCCCCCAUCAUCGGUGCCGAGGACGAGGACUUCGAGCGGGAAAUGGAACCGGUCCCGGAUGAGCUGUUCCAGAGCGUGGCCGCUCUGCGCAUGCGCCCGGUGCCGCUGCUGGCCUUCCUGCAUCACGUGGUCACGCAGCUCGAGCCCGCCCCUCUGCUCUGCUUCCUGCACUCGCAGCUGCUCCUGGGAAUGGGCCCCAAGGAGGGAAGGAAACAGUUCCUGGAGUUCUGGCAGCUCUUCCUGGACAAGGGAGCGCUCCUGCGGGUGCCCAUCCCCCUCCAUCUCCAGCCUGAACUGGCCCGUCUCCGUCCCGAGGCUGUUCCCGAGCAGCAGCAGCGCCGGAUCCUGCGGGAAGUGGGGGAGGGGCAGGAGGCGGAGCUGGAGCGAGACCUGCGUCACUUCCG